AGUUGCGUCAGCCGGAGACGGCCACGCCGACGGGAGCCUGACAGAUCCCUGCAUCACCGCCUCGGAAUCGGAAGCACCGCCUGGGCCACGGCCUCCCUCAUCAGCGGGUCUCAGAGCAGCAACCGCCAGGCCCGACACCCACUCGGCUGGGAUUUCUACCACCAGAAGGCUGCAACAGUGAAGCUUAUAAAAAUGCUGUCGAUAUUGCGACCCAGCACCUACAAGGCUCCGCUGGCCUCCCUCGACAAUGAUUUCUAUGACUUCCGGGAGAUGCAGGAUGAAGCCGCCGCGAUGCUGUUGGCGAAGCACAUCUGGAAACUCCUGAAGAAAGCGAAGCACCGGAUCUAUCAGAUGCCGGGCUGCGAGGGCGGGGCGAGCGGCGUGUCAGUAUUGGUGCCAGCGGACUUUCUCAACCGUCUGGCGCGGGAUGUGGUCAGGAUGACGGAGGGGGAGAUGAAUGGUGUCAGAGGCUGCACGCUCCACAUCGAAUACAGCGACGGAGAAGAACUGGUUAAGAUCGGGAAGAUCAAGUGCGAUCCUCACUUGCCUUCUUCUUGCUUCCUUUACCUGAGACUUACCCGAUCUGCAGGGCCUCCCAAGAACACAAACCCCCUUCUAAGAAUUCUCGGCUACGGCAAUGACAGCAUCAUCUACAUUAGCCCGGGGUACUUGCUGGAGAAGAAGCGAGCAAAGGUCGUUCGAUGAGCGAGAAGCGGCGAGACAACAGGGAGUUUAAUAGAAAUAGUAGCAUGGCCGUUGUCUUGUAAGGGUCCAUGGCGAUCUUCAUGAACAAGGACAUCAUGGCUACGGCUGUCACGUGAAGCCAUGCAGGAUAUAUGUUGCACAUAGCGGGCUUUUGGGCUCUUGGAAUCUGCGCUAUUUUGGGGACUCAAACACAUGAGGGUAUUUUGGUUUCGAAGGUGGAGAAAAAAAUAGCACAAAGCGUCACGAGGGAAAGUUUUUUUAUUCUUUAUUUUUUAUGAUAUCGUUAUUAUGCUGGUACUUGCCUAUGCUUCUCAGUUCUCAUUAAGGAGUUUGGAGGCUCAUACCUUGUGGUAUUGAUACUUAAAUUCAGAAACAUUCCAGUCCAAUUGGUCAUUGAUUUCCUUUAUUUUGUGGCCUUUUCAUUGCUAUAUAUGUUAUUUAAAAGUAAAAUCCAAACAAGCGAGUCCAGUUUACAAAUCACAUAAAUAACGGUCUACAUGAAAAAACUGGGAUAAGCUGACCAAAAUACGGCUGUGAUUCCGAUGUUCUUGAAGCUACAAAAAUAAAGAAAGGAAGGGGGGAAUAAAGCAAAGGAAACAAGCCUCUAAGGUACUUGUAAGCUGCCAAAAAACCAUAGCUAGUCUAAACAUAAAUGUAAGUUCUGUGACAGUUAAUACUGAACGUUAGUAUAUUUAGAUAAAUUAGGUAUGAAAUACUGUAGCUAAGCUAGGAGGAAGUUUAAUAGUUUUUUUAUUGUAUGAAAUAAAUCAUUAGAAAUA